CUGCUCUUGAGACAAAAUCUUGCCCAAAGAUUUCGUACUCAGGUUGAACCGCCAGUCUGUAGUCUGUCCUUCUUUCAUUCCAAUUGAUGCAAGGACAAGGACAAUUGUUCCUCUCCUAGCCUUUUACGCGCAGCGACAGCCCCCAGACAUAGCAAUCGGGCAUUCAUUCUCACCGAAUCUCUCACAACCCAUGGCUCUCUUACCUGAGGAGACGCGACGCAGCUAUCAAUCAGACGUGGAGCAGCCGACAACGUACGAAAUGUCGCGGCUUAAACCAGUCAUCCAACCCUUCGCCGGACGAAUCGGCGGCAAUCAAGAGAUAGUCGUCGAUCGCAGUGACCCCCAAAAUGCAGAUCUUCUCAAGAAAAUCCCAGAUGCGGCUCCUCUGAUGUCCUUCCGUGAAGGAACCGACUUGCGCGGUUUUGGGGACCUAGAUCUGUGGAGAUUCGGCUUUAUUGAGAUGAUCGGUACCAUGCUGAUGGUAUUCGUCACGGCUUGGGUCUCUAUACGCCCCCCGGGCUCUUCAAGUGCCGUACCGUCUUCGCCUUCAGGAGUCUACUCUACGACGACUUUCCUGGGUCCUCUGUUCGGCGGUAUAAGCAAUUGGUUCUUUCUAACGCUAUUCAUCUUCUCCUUCUCCAACGUCAGCGGUAGUCACCUCAACCCGACGAUUUCAGUAGCUACUUUCUUCGCGCGUCUGAUCUCGUUCCCACGAAUGGUUAUCUACGUGUCUUGCCAGACACUCGGCGGCGCUCUCGCUGGGUUUAUACUCCGCAAGGCGUACGGAGCUAGAGAUUUCACCUGCGGAGGCUGUGCAGUUGAUCUGUCAGAUGUUCCCGUGGACGAAGCGUUUCUCUUGGAGUUCAUAUUCAGCUUGAUUCUCAUAUUCUUGUCAUUCGGCGUGGGACUGGAUCCGCGGCAAGGGAAGAUCUAUGGAGCGGCAUUGUCGCCGUUUCUAGUCGGAAUGGUACUUGGGACGUUGAGCUGGGGCUCUGCGUUUGUGCGAACUGGGUUCGCUGGUGCUUCCAUGAAUCCUGCUCGGUGCUUUGGUGUCUAUGUGGCCACAUCAUUUCCGACUUAUCAUUGGAUACAUUGGGUCGGACCAAUUGUUGCAUCUGUGGCACACGGAGUAGUUUACUAUGUGGUACCUCCGUGGGGUAAUUGAGUUAGGCACAGUGUAUUUUCCCUAGAUCCGUCAGAGAGGGUCGUAAGUAGAUAUUGUGGUAUAGACAAAAAGAUAACUCGUAGCUAGAAGAUUAUCAACAUAAAACCAUGAUUCGAAUACCAAACCUCCUGAGGUGGAAAUCCCCCAUUUUAUUUUCAUCACGCGGGCCAAAAGGUGUUCAAUCGACGCACGGCAUAGCAGAUAUAUAGACAAUUCGAGGGAGAAAAAAAAAACCGAAUAUUAUGCAAGAAUGGCAGCCGAGACUAACCAGAGAGAAGAUGCAAAUGGAACGAAAUCACUGCUCAAUAGCCCCGGGAGAAACGGCCAGAAUAACAGCCAACGCUGCAAUGAUCAACGCUGCCGCGACGAACGCAGUCAAUGCAACGCUUCCUCGACUAGCAGGGAACUUGCCACGGACAAUCCAGUACUGACUCUCAAAGUAACGGUGGAAGCCAAUUAUAAGGAUAAGGAUGGCAACGCCGAUAAACGUUGAGCCGAGGGGUUUGCCAACGCUCCGAAGACGAGAGGAUGCAGAAGCGGUAUUAAUGGAAGAUGAGGAGAAUUCAGGAGAGAGUAUAUCGGGAUGUCCCGCAGAUGUCACAUCAAGACCGUAUGCAUGUGUAGAGACUGUUGUGGUAUUGAGACGGAAGAGCUGGGUGACUGCGAUACCGAUCGAGGCAAAGGCGAGGGAUGUGCGCAUCCAAGCUAAAAAGGUUCGC